CCAUGACCUUUAUUAUGAAAAUCGGGCUGCAACUGCCGUUUCCGCUCGUUCGCGUUGACGUAGUCAGUUUCACACUGAAUUCCGCUGAUUUUAGGAGUGAACACCGGGGUUGAGACCGCUAGAGAAUGGUGGGCCUCCGCAGGGGCACGUGAGACACAAAUUCGAAUUCAGGACGGUUGAAAUCGACGCGGCUCCGCUUCAGACGGUCCAGAUGACAGACCCACCGGCCGGCCAAAUGAACGCGUUUCCGCCGAGACUCUGAACGACUUAUCCGGUUACAUUUUGGGGGAAGGACCUGAAAGAGCCUCCGAGACGGACAUUCACACGCCUAGAGGAAGUCUCGAAAGACCGCAGGCUCUUAAAGAGGCCUCACAGCACUUACCAGACACAGGAAAAGCACUGAAAAAUCGCUGCUUUUGUCGCGUUUCUGUGGAUUAAUAUCGAGGUUGGCGUAUUUCAAACUGUUACCACCCUACAACCGAAGCAAAAGCCCUGAAAAUCGAACUUUGACCUUUUCAGUUCUACUGAAAGUUUUCAGUACUGUCGUUUAAUCAGCAACCAAGUGACCAGAAUUGGCUGGAACUGCAUCUUAUUCACUGUGACUUUACGCCCAGUUUCCUGAUAACGUUAUAUACACGUGUGCUGUUUACUUCCAAAUUUGACGUUCCAACUAGGAAGUCUUAAAGCAAAAGCCCCUGUAUUUCACUUAUCCUUAUUAAAGUUUUUUUUUUCUUUUUUUGGAGGUUAGUAACCAUUUAUGAACAGUAUACAAGAUGGGGAAGAUGCUGUCAAAGAUAUUUGGUAACAAAGAGAUGAGAAUAUUGAUGCUCGGACUUGAUGCCGCAGGAAAAACCACCAUCCUCUAUAAGUUGAAACUUGGCCAGUCUGUGACCACCAUCCCGACCGUCGGUUUCAACGUGGAGACGGUCACCUACAAAAACGUCAAGUUCAACGUGUGGGACGUGGGCGGACAAGAUAAGAUCCGUCCCCUCUGGCGACACUACUACACGGGCACGCAGGGGUUAAUUUUUGUGGUGGAUUGUGCUGAUCGAGAUCGCAUCGACGAAGCCAGGCAAGAACUCCACCGCAUCAUCAACGACCGUGAGAUGCGGGACGCCAUCAUUUUGAUUUUCGCCAACAAGCAAGACCUGCCGGAUGCCAUGAAGCCACACGAGAUCCAGGAGAAGCUGGGACUGACGCGCAUCCGGGACAGGAAUUGGUACGUGCAGCCGUCGUGCGCGACCACCGGUGAUGGACUGUACGAAGGCUUAACUUGGUUAACAUCUAACUACAAGUCUUAAUGACACUGGCACUGACUGUUUAGGACAAAUGAACUCAGUAUGGAGAAAAUUACACUCUCCACCGAAUAUUCGUGCAGUUCUGAUUUAGAGUUAACAUUUAUUUUUGGUUCGUUUUCAAACGGCCCUCUUUGAAACAAUGUAAUGGGUUUGGCUUGCUUUUAGUUUCCUGACUACUGUGACGUACGAGUCACACACCUCGGACUAUUGCUUAACAUGAUAAAGCAUUUCUGAAUGAAGAGCCUCUUUUUUUUUUUUUUUUUUUUUGAUUGAUUGAUUGAUUGAUUGAUUGAUUUGUAAGUUUUCUAUAUAUGAUUUCUCUUCUUCAGCUUCUUUCUUUUGAGAUUUUAGAGACAAAAAAAUGGAGUUUGUCUCCUUCAAACAGUCCAAUAGUGUGUUAAAGGCAUUUUAUACCGAGAUGUAUUGAAACUGUCCAGGCAUCCACUGUAGCAAAGCACAGUUUUGCUGAGGAGGUUGUAGCAUACUAACUGUAGGUAGCUAUGUGGUGUAACAGGUUUUGAACCGUGCCAUAGUUAUGAUAUCACUGACAUCAAAUGAUAAUCAACAUGUAAAUGAAUCCAUGGAACAUUUUAUGCAAAAGUCGAACCGUGAAAGGCGGACUUACAACAGACAUAACUUAUAUUCACACAGCAUAAUCGAACUGAGUGGUGUCUUGUGCUCUUGAAAGCAUGAAAAACCACAGAAGGGAUUUUGUCUGCAUUGCAAUGUAGCCCAAAACAAGUUAAACGUUAAAGAGACUUCAUUUUGAAACAUUGAUGGAUGCCUUUUGUAGCCUUUUUACCAUUUAGGCUAACUACAUUGACCAGAUUGUCUUUGACUUACAUUCAUGUGUCUCUAAAAAUGUGGGAUUGUUACAUUCUUGCAUUUCAAGUGUAGUGCUUGCGGUGGACUGAAUUGAUCGUUUUGGAGAGAAAUGUUUCAUUCUAUUCAUUUCCUCUCUUUGCUUUAAUCAUUUUGAGAAACAUGUAUAGAAACAGCUAUGUAAUUGUAACUUCAAAUUAAACUUAGUCAUUUUAAUGCUUUAAGUUGA